CCUCACUCAAGAUGGCUGCCUCUCUGGCAUUCUCUCCCAACAUGGAGGCCUGCCAUACUGUUAUCCAGGCUCCCUUUCCAGCCUACCAGACUCGGCUUUACGUAUGCUGGUACUUGGUUCUAACCCAAGAACUGAAGACUGGAGAAACCAAACAGCCCACUUGUCGAUGGGUGUCCAGAAUCAGCAGCAUCCACCACGGAUCCUUUUUAUCCUGGGCGACGACUGAGCCAGUAUAGACUUCCUUUUGGUUUGAUUCUCCAUAAUGCUAAUGGAUUAGGUACUCUUAGUUCCACUCCUCAGCUGAGACCUCUCUGGCUUGGUUGGACCUGCUGGUAGUUACACUACCGGCAGCACAGCUCUCAGUAUCAUUGGAGCAGUUAAGCCCCCCCACCGCGACAAGGUGGCACCUACGGGGGGGGGGGGGAGAAGACCUGGCUAUGGCUCAUGAAUGGGACCCUGAAGAAGGAGACAGAAGGCCUGAUCCUUGCAGCCCAGGAGCAAGCCAUCAGGACAAAUGCAAUUAAGGCCAAGAUCGAAAAAUCAGCUGAUGACCCAAAAUGCAGACUGUGCAAGGAAGCUGAUGAAACCAUCGAUCAUAUCCUCAGCUGCUGUAAGAAAAUCACACAGACAGACUACAAACAGAGGCACAACUAUGUGGCCCAAAUGAUUCAUUGGAACUUGUGCCUCAAGUACCACCUCCCAGCAGCAAAGAACUGGUGGGAUCACAAACCUGCAAAAGUAUUGGAAAAUGAGCACGCAAAGAUACUGUGGGACUUCCGAAUCCAGACUGACAAAGUUCUGGAACACAACACACCAGACAUCACAGUUGUGGAAAAGAAAAAGGUUUGGAUCAUUGAUGUCGCCAUCCCAGGUGACAGUCGCAUUGACAAAAAGCAACAGGAAAAACUCAGCCGCUAUCAGGACCUCAAGAUUGAACUUCAAAGACUCUGGCAGAAACCAGUGCAGGUGGUCCCAGUGGUGAUUGGCACAUUGGGUGUCAUGUCAAAAGAUCUCAGCCGGCAUUUGGAAACAAUAGACAUUGACAAAAUUACGAUCUGCCAACUGCAAAAGGCCACCCUACUGGGAUCUGCGCGCAUCAUCCGAAAAUACAUCACACAGUCCUAGACACUUGGGAAGUGUUUGACUUGUGAUUUUGUGAUACGAAAUCCAGCAUAUCUAUCUUGUUUGCUGUGUCAUAAUAAAAUAAUAUUAUAUUAUAUAAUACAAUAUACAGUAGAGUCUCACUUAUCCAACACUCACUUAUCCAAUGUUCUGGAUUAUCCAACACAUUUUUGUAGUCAAUGUUUUCAAUACAUUGUGAUAUUUUGGUGCUAAAUUCGUAAAUACAGUAAUUACUACAUAGCAUUACUGCGUAUUGAACUUCUUUUUCUGUCAAAUUUGUUGUAUAACAUGUUGUUUUGGUGCUUAAUUUGCAAAAUCAUAAUCUAAUUUGAUU